AUGGAUCCAUCCGACGACGAACGGCCGAAGCGCACGGCGCGCGCCUGCGAUUCAUGCUAUAAACGCAAGAUCAAAUGUGACGCCGCCGCGCCGCAGUGCAACUGGUGUAGCCACCAUAACCUCCCCUGUACUUUUGAACGUGCUAUACAGCGGAAACGAAAGACGGAAGAUCACAGAAAUCGGCAAAAAGCCUCGCGGCUAUCAGAGCGUAUCAGCCGCAUUGAGCAACUACUGGCGGAGAACCUGGUGCAGAAACCAGGACCUACCCCACCAGAUCUCUCCCAGAUCAUCAUUGGCAACUCAACGCCCAGUAGCCCACGCAGCACGGUCAGCAGAAACUUACCCCCACCGUCGUCGUCUGUGGGCGUUCAUUUUGCUGGUCGAGAAUUAGGUGUCGUCAGUCUCCUCACCGGCGUUCCAUUCUUUCUCCCCGAGGGGCAGGAUUGGAUCCAGGCUCGCACCGGACAGACCAUAUCGCGCGACACGCUCAGUCCUGUGCAUGUACCAUGGGGAAAAGAGCGCGGCGAGGGCUCCAAAAACAUUUUGAUCGAUCUGACAAGUCAGGAUUUGUUCGACCUUCCGGACUGGCGGAUCGUACAGGUGUAUUUUGUGGCCUACAAGAAUUCCACUUUAAUGCAGCGGCUCUUCCCAGUCAUAGACGUCGAUUUGUUCGAGGAGACCAUACGUGCAGCUUACGAGCAGCCACACUCAAGCUCCGGACAAAUCAGUGCCCGAGCGUGUGUAAUUGCCUUUCUCGCCUUUGUUUCCCGCCUCCCCCCGGUCAGGGCGCAGGUCGAGAAUGCAGUAUCCUUUGCUUCAGUGGACCAUGAGGCUCUCGCUAGCAAGGUCCAAUUGUUGGUGGCGCAGAUUAUGCAAGAGCCCGCUACUCUGGACGGCUUACAGGCAGUCACUAUGCUGACGCUUCAUGAGCUCACCUCCGGAAACUUGCGAGCUAUCGAUUACUUUGGAUCAAUCGCCGGACGCCAACUCUUCAUGCUGGGUGCAAAUGUGACCUAUGAUCGAACCACCCCCGUCAGCGAGCGGAGUCAGAAGCGCCAGAAACAACUGCGCAAUCUCUUUUGGAUCUGCUAUACGCUCGAUAAAGAUAAGGCCCUUCGCACAGGGCAACCGCCUGUCAUUUCGGACGAUAAUUGUGACUUAACCUUGCCAGAAGGGUAUACGGAUCGGGCAUACACGGACCCGGAGAAAGACGGCAAUUCCUCGACGGAGCCGGUGUUUCCCUUUGAUUUACGCUUGAGUAUGAUCAAGUCCCGGGCCCACACCCACUUAUACUCCGUGAGCGCUCUCAAAAAGUCUGACGCAGAUCUCUUGAAGUCCAUUCGGGAGUUGGACGAUGAGUUAGAGGAGUGGCGGCUCUCGAUCCCGCUGCAGUGGCGCCCGACCAUGUCGUUUUCGCAAGAGGCUUCCGAUCCCAAUAUGAGCAUGCAUUCGGUCAUGUUGCGUCUCAAUUAUUAUCUGUGCAUGAGCAUCAUUCACCAGGCGAGCAGUCGGUGCAAGGCGUGGAUGCAGGGCAGCGGAAUGAUGGAUGGGGUGAGCUCGAGUCUCGCGCUUUCGGUGGAAGCCAGCCGGUCCACUCUCUGUUACUUGGGGGCCGCAGAACAUGUACUGGUGAGGGAAAUCUUCUGGACGCUCUUAUUCUACCCGAUGUCCGCACUCCUGAACAUCUUCUGUAGCAUUCUCCAAAACCCAUUGGAUCCACGCUCGCGCGACGAUCUGGAUAUCUUGAAAAUGGCUACCGCCAUGAUUGGCCGUAUCUUCUCGCGGCAAUCGCGCGAGAAUGAGUUCGAGAACUUCGAGCUGGUGGCGGACUUUGUCGCGGAGCUGAAGCGACUGGCCGAGUGCGCCAUUGAUAAGGCCUGGCGCGAGCAGAGCGCGGUUUCUCAGAUACCGCAAUGA